CAAGGACGUGCAGUGGUAUCGUCCGUGGACCAUCGGCGCAAACAUGGCGGCUUCGAAAUGGAUGGAAGGCAUUUCAAAAAAAUGAAAUGAUCUCGAUUCGGUGUUAUUGUUCUCGGUUUCAGCGACAGAAAGACAUAGUCCCAAGGCAUGUCUGCUUUGAAGGAGAAUACCAAGAAAGAGGAAAAUGACAAACCCAUGUCACAAAUCUCUAAUCCUCUAACAAGCAAGCCAGCAUUCUCUCCUGAAGGAAGUGUAUUAGAAGCAUCAAUGCAGUGCCCACAUGAGAACAUGACACCAAACAGUGACCAAGCAGAUCUUCUAAAACAUGUUUGUUUUAUUGACUCCAUCUGUGCUGAUGGACCUGCCAAAGCUGCCUAUGUCAAUGGAUCAGCUUCACCCAGCAUUUCACAAGAAAUGUUAUUGGACAUCUCCAAGUCAAUGCACACAGAAAAUUCUACCAACACACCCACCAUCCAGUUAGAAGACUGCGAUCCUCUUCAAAAAGAUGAAGAAAUGGCCAUAAGACAGAUGGUAACGGCUGAAGAUGUGGAAAACCGGGGCAUAUGGGGCUUUGAUGCGGAUUCUCCAGAGAAUUCAUUGGACAGUUAUGACGAUGGAGAUGAUCUUGAGUGGACUCCCCAGAAAGAGUUUAUGAAGUUUCUGCUGGAGGAUCAGGAUUGUUCUGAAGUGGAGGCAAAAAUACCCACUGCUUCGUCUAGAAGGAAGCGUAAAUUGGACAAGGUGAUGUUGGUAAAUCCCACAGAAAUCUCAAAAAACCAUCACCCUGGAGAGGGCAGUCAAAAAGAAGCAGACCUUGAAUCUAAACAAUCCAAAAUGCAUUCACCAAUAUCGAACAAGUCACAGUACUCGAACGGAACAGCAGUGGCCUUCAAGCACCUUCUACAGAAACCAGCAAAAAUCAGGAAGAAUAGUCGAAAGCCUGGAUAUGUUAGACAAAAUCUGCCUCGAGACUCUGGCUCGGAGGAAGAGCCUGCAUUAUUUCCCAGCAAUAGCCGUUUUAAGGACAAAUCUCAUUCACAAACGCACAAAAAAAACUGUUCGAAUCAAAAGCCAUUCAUAUGCAAAGAGUGUGGAAAGGACUUUUAUAAUCACACCUCGCUUUUGAAACACAUAACUGUUCACCAGACAAACAGACAACAAUUUGUCGAGGGACUUGCAGGAAUAGAUGAAAUAACAAAUGAGGGCAAAGACGCAAGGUUACAGUGUCCACAGUGCACUUUCGGAACCAACUGCCCCAAUACCUUCGUCCAACAUGCAAAAACGCACGAGAAAGACAAGCGGUAUUAUCCCUGUCAAAAGUGUAAGUUCUUGGCAGCGAGUAAACAUGAUAUAAUUGCUCAUAUGCUUAGUAAGCAUCCUGUCACUGAUGCUCAGUGUACAAUAAUCAGAAGGCAAGAUAUACUGCAGAGACGAAAAGUUGGUAAGUCGGAUAGAAAACCAAAAUUGGUAAGGAAUCACAAACCUUUGGACAAAGAUUUGUUAUUCUUACACGACUCAGAAAAUAACAACUGUUCAUCUUCACCCGAGAGCAAAGCGCAACAAUCCAUAUGUGCCGAAGACUCGAACGGUCUUUUACAAACGGGCAAACCAAAAUCAAAAGACGCUGCAGAUGAUAAAUUGGACAAAAGUGAAUCGAAACUUGACAAAUCGAUUCACACACUGCUGUCCCGGAAGAGGAAUCGUGACUCAAAAAGCAAGUCUACUCCAAACUUUGAUGAGUUUGGCGUUAGGACUAGGAGUCCAGACCUUGGUAAAUGCUGCAAUGAUGAUUUUCUCAAUCCAGACGAGGGAUCACCAUCCCCUGCCAAGUGCAAGGGGGAACUAUUUGCACUAAAGGACGAUGACUCAGUUUGCACUCUAAAACCUGAUGGUAACGGUCAAGGAUUCCGCUGUAAUAAUGACUGUUCUAAAGAAGAAAUCUCGAGCACUAACCACAAACACGUACCCUCGGCGAAGCCGACUUUAAAGAAGUCCCCUUCCAAAAGAAAAAUGUCCACUCCAUUCCACAACCUGCAAGGUCAAGAUAUUCUGAUUGAUUUUCCCAAAUGCAGGCAAAUCUUCCAGAAAACCUCCAGCCUCUAUUUUAUUAAAAAUUGUGACGCUAAAGAUGGCGUACAUAUCGGUAACAACACAUUUAGAAACUCGUACGACUCUGGUGACCUCUCCAAGCAAGAACCAGGUUUGCCACAGACCGUUCCUAUCAAAGAAGAAUGCUUGGAAACAGAAGUGUGCGGUGAUAUCAACGAAUCAGAUUCCUUAGUGAAAAAUGGGGACUUCAAGUUCGAUCUAAAGUCUUGCCCCUACUGCCCGGCUGUGUUUCAGUCAGGGAUCGGUCUCUCCAACCAUAUACGAGGGCAUCUGCACAGGGUGGGCGUAAGCUAUAAAGCACGUCAUGUUGUGUCUGUAGCACAAGUGGCUUCCCAAGAUAAAGUGCCUGCUGUUCGGCGAAGGAUGGCAGCGAUACCUCGAAUUAAAACGGAGGUUGACUUGCCGUUGAUCGAGCAGCCUUCAGAGCCGAAAUCGGAGCUCACAUGCCCACUAUGUAGAGAGUGGUUCUACACCAAGACCGGAUUAUCCAAUCAUGCUCGAGGCCAUUUGAAGAGGCUGGGAAAACCAUGCUCUACGUCUACGACCAAAUCACCCGUGAUCCUCCUGAAGGAACUGAUGCGUGACAAAAAGCAGUUCCAGCUUAAAUUAAAGGCCCUUAAAAAGAAGUGCCGCUCAAGGAACUCCGCAUAUCCCUUCAAAUUUAGUAACGGUCUCAUAAUUUCUACGGCAAAAGUGCAGCGUUUUGCACACGGCAACAAACGACACGGACAUGUUUCCUCUCGAUCGACGGAGGAAAAGAAAAGGACAGAGAGUAAUAAAGAUGCAAUGAAAGGAUCCCCAUCGAGCGAUCUGAUAGGAAUUUUAAAAAAGAGGAGAGCUCAUGAGGAGGCCAAAGUGAAAACCUUGCCCCAAACUGCGAGGAAAGCUCUUCUUGUUAACACAGUUAAAGAGCGUGAUCAAUCAGCACAACUACCAAACUCAGUAUCAGAGAAAAAUGAACUAAACAGAAAAGUUUGCGUUCACUGUAACGCGACUUUCCAUAGCGGAGUUAGCCUCUCCAAUCACUUGCGGGCUUAUGCACGACGGAAAAAAAAUGCACUUUUGGAUGGAACAACUUAUGACUGUAAAAGGAAGCAGAGGUCACGGUCUGGGUCUAAGAAGAAAACUCAUCCGUUGCUACACACCUCUGAGGAGAUUUAUAGACUCACCUGCAGGUUUUGUGAUCUGGUCUUCCAGGGUCCGCUCUCGGUGCAGGAGGACUGGGUGAAACAUUUACAGAGACACAUCAUGAACACAGCGGUGCCACACACGGGCGCAGCCAUGGUGGAGGUCACUUGCUUUCCGAAAGACGCAAACACGCACACACCCCCACAGACGUCCUCAUAAGGCCGUCCGACCUUAGUGUCAUUUGUGUAAAUGACUUUCAUUUUGACUUCCGCGGGAGUUUCUACAUGUCGAGUAACGAGUCGAUGAUUUUUUUCCACUCAUCAGCUCACGUUGACGUUCAGCUCUUUAACACAGCCGUUUUUUAUAUAGCGUUAUAUUGUCCUGGUAUUUUAUAGGACUCAUUUAUUGACAAUAUUCUGAUUUCAGUGGAGACCAAGACACCAAAACACAACUGUUACCUCAGACGCUUGACAUACGGUGGGUUUUAUUUAAGGAAUUUAAAAAAAAAAAAACAAAGCGCUACAAAACCUGUAUGGAUUUUUAUUGCGGUUAAGUUUUUUUUAAAUACAAAUUCUGACCCAUUUUAACCUUUUAGCUCUCAAACUUCUUGAACAUGUAUGGUGCAAAUGUAUAAAAAAAAAAUAUAGUAGAUAUAUUUCCGUAUUAAAUUUCUCUUUUGAAUUCAUAUGAUUUUAUGCUUAAUGUGGCAAAAAACAACAACUUGUCACUAUUUUAGUUUGUUAUAACUAGACAUGUGCUGAUGAGAAAUAUAUCGCGGAAACUGCCGGAUAUUUUAUCACAAUUUACGAUAUGAUCACAACUGUUAAUUUUUUUUUUUUUUUUCUUCAAAAUAAGGAGCACAGCUGUUCUUCUGAAUCAGACAAAGCCUCUGCAGCGUUUUCCAGAAUUUCAUGCAAACUUAUAUAAUCUAUAGUGAUAAUCCUGUUAAAUAUUGUGACACAUCGUACAAAUGAUUAUCGGCACAUUCCUAGUUAUGACUCUACAGAGUUGUUUUAUUUCAUUUUAUUUUUUGUCAGAUUCGGCUCAUGCUCGUCUCAUCCCCUCAUUUGAAACAUCGUCCAUGAACUUAUAAAGUUCUGCCAUUUGUGCUGGAAGAAAAAGAGCCGUCAGCUGUUACUCCUGUUCAGUUAUUUCUACUGUUUAUUUUUUAUUAUGAACAACUUUUUAAAUAAUUUAUGUUGAAAUGUAAAUGUUGAAAGAUUUUUCUUUUUUGUCGUGAGGAAUAAAAAGAAUUUUUCGA